AUGGCGAUGGCGCCCGCUACAGUGGCUGUUAUUGGUCUCGGGCCGUUGGGUCUGGUAACGCUCAAGAACUUGCUUGAGAAGGGUUUUAAAGCGACGGGGUUUGACAAGGCGGAUGUUGUGGGCGGCCUUUGGAACUAUAGAGAUGACGACCAGACCACAGUUCUCGAGAACACCCCAGUAUUUCCAGAAGCUCGCCACAUUCAGAAAUAUCUCUACGACUAUGCCUCGCACUUUUCGCUCCAGAGUCAUAUCCGACUCCAGACGGAAAUUGUUCAUGUGGACUUUGACGAAAAGAGCGAGCAGUGGACUGUUCGAAUGGUCAAAAAGGGCGAGACCACGUCUCAGGUAUUUGACAAGAUUGUUCUUGCUACCGGAAUCAACAAGCUGCCGUUGAUGCCUAAAAUUGACGGGCUAGACGUGUUCGAGGGCGAAGUUAUUCACAGCGCCGGGUACAAGAGGCCGAGCUCGUUGAAGGACAAAACGGUACUGAUCGUAGGCCUUUCAAAUUCCGCCGUGGACACGGCGACAACCCUUGUCGGCCACGCGAAACAUGUCUACAUAUCCCGCCGACACGAUGCGUUCGUACUCCCUCGUUUCAUAGAAGGCAAACCGAUGGACCACGCCUUCAAUCACAGAAAGGGCAUCAUUUUCGAGACUCUGCAGCUCCUCCCCUCGGCCGUGUCCAGUACGAUUAUGAGAAAGUUUCUCACAGCCACGACACACAAGGGUUUUCCAGAACUUCCGCAGGACUGGGACUUGGGCACCGCUCCGCUGCCAACUCGCACGCCGCCCGUCGUCUCGGAUACUGUGAUACCGCACAUACUAGAGGGAAACAUCACACUAGUCAAGGGCUUGAACAGGGUGACGGGUCCCAAGACUGUCCAGCUCGACAGUGGAAGCCAACUUGAAGCCGACGCCAUUGUGUUUUGUACGGGAUACAAGGCGGAUUACAGUUUAGCUGGCCGAUACGAUCCCACAUUGGAACAGCCCGAGGCCUGGACAGCGUCGCCGGGAUCCAACUCUCGCGCGUUGGCUAGGCUGUACCGGAACAUGUUCUCGCUGCAGCUGCCUCAGCAUCUGGCCUUUAUGGGAGCCAUCGCUUUCCCGUCUCCGGCGUUUCAGCUGUACGACCUGGCCUCCAUGGCUCUUGCGCGCGUCUGGGCCGGCGAGCACCAGUUGCCGACUGUGCAGGAGAUGACGGCGCAGGUGAACCAGCAGCACAGGUGGCUCGUGUCUCUGGCCUCCGAGGGCACCGUAAUCCCCGGCUGGGUGGAUGGAGCCAAGUGGAUGGCUUGGGCCGACGAGGCCGCGGGUUCGGAUGUCUUCCCUCACUUGGGCUACGGGCUCAAGGGAUGGACUCUCUGGCUCAAGGACCGGCAGCUUUCGAGAAUCCUGAUGGACGGUACUCCCAGCCCGCACCAGUUCCGGCUGUUUGAGAAUGGAAAUAGAAGGGCGUGGGCCGGGGCAAGAGGUGAGAUUCUGCGAACCAACUUGUCAGGUUUAGAUAAACAGGCCUAA